UCGUGCCGACGCUUCUUUUUCAGCUUCGCUUUAGUUGUUCAAAAUGAGAGGAAAAUACAAAAGAAGGGACAGGAGCGACAGCGGUGACGAGACGGCUGACGUAGCCCCGGGGCUCUCUCCUCUUCCCGGGGAAACCGCGGCGGGCUUGGCCGAGCCGGACACGCUUUUCCCGGGCUUCACCCUCCAGGAUGACCGCUGGAGGAAACAGGGUGUAAGACGUUCCACGUGUGACAGUGAGAAGGUCUACCUCGGAGUUCGUGUCAAGUGCCCAGUGAGGGAUCUUCUGAGGAAAAAGCGUCUAGCCCAAGGCUGGGAACCUCAAAAUGUUCAGGAGGCGUUCAGCAAAACAGUCAAAGGAGACAAGAAACGUGUCAAAACUCGCACAGGACACCAGACCACCAAGAAAAUAUGUCUCACAAAAAGCCUGGAGGAGCUGGCAAUCAUUGUGGAGGUGCUGGAAGAGGAUCUUAGGGCCAUCAACACCCACCACUCCCUUUCCCACACUCUGUCCCCUAACCCUCUGCUGUCCCCUGCGCAGUCUCCAGCUGGGUACAACAGUGACGAGUCUGAUGAAAGCUUCCCAAGCCCACAGUCCUACAUGUACCCACUGGGCGAAGUGGAGUACUACCAGGACCCGUCGCCUCUCGGCUUCCUGCACACCAGCCUUCAGCCUCCCAGCAUUGCAGGUGUGAAAAGAGACAGUGGAGGAAGGGAGGAGUGGCUUGAUCCCCAGAACCACAACUGGAACAUGAACAGCUCUGCGUUCUUCUGGGCCCAGCUGCAGAAAGAAGAGAGCCAGAUGAGGGACAUCUCUGAUGAAACACUACUGACCACCGAUAAACAUGGCAAAACGUCUCUCCAUAAAGUAUCAUGUGUCGGAAAGAGGGCACUGGGUUACACCAUCGCUAAAAGGAUGUCUAUACUCAACAGCCUGGACCUUAAAGACUCUGAUGGAAUGACCGCGCUGCUGCAUGCUGCAAAUCACAACCAUCACCUCAUGGUGGCAGAUUUGAUCUGUUUGGGGGCAAACGUCAAUGAGACCAACAACUCAGGAAAGUCCUGCCUCCACCUGAGCGCUGAGAAAGGCUACAUCCGAGUCCUGGAGGUUCUUAAACACUCAAUGAUGAAUGGUGUGUAUGUUGACAUCGAAGCCACUGAUAACUGCGGAAUGAGCGUCCUUCAGUGUGCCUCAGUGGCUCUGAAGGCCACAGUACGUGAGCAGGAGAGCAGUAGAUCUCCAAGUCACACCAGACUCCACACGCUCCGCCAAGAGCAGAUGAUGGAGACCCUGGAGUGUCUGCUGCACAUGGACAGCUACCUUCACACCAUGGUGCAUCACCCUAUGAGAGCUAAGGUUUGGCCUUUUUUCAUGUUUGUAACAAAGGGAUUGAAGGGAAACUAGGUCCCUUUACCAAAGGACAUAUUGUUUUUCGGUUUUAUGUUUUUAAAAUUACAUUUCAAGGACAUCUGUUAAUAUUUUUUUUAACAUUUCUGGGGCAUUUCUGCUGUUAGGGUUAGGCAGUGACAUAGAGAAACAUGACAGUACAGGUAAGAGAAAGGGGGGGGUGCUAGUAAGUAGCAAAGGCCCUGGGGCAGGACGCAAACCCAAAGCUGUAAUCAUUAAAUUUUGGUUUGUAGAACAUUUUACACCAAGCAAGCUACCAAGGAGCCCCCUCGUUUGUUUUCAAGAGAAACACUUUUUUACAGAAGCAGUAACUACCCGACUGCUGUACCAUCACUCUCGUGCACUGUUUUUCUCCUUGCUCACAGCCAGGAGACUACACUAACCUCUCUGUCAUGGCUGGAACUGCUUCUUUUAUGAGGCUGAUGUCAGAUGGUAGUAAUGUCGAUGCUCCUCGCCGCUAAUUUUCCUGGUUUUGGUCAGUCGAUCUUCAGUCUUUGCAAAAGAACCAACAAAGAUGCAGACUUCAAUGUCUCCAGAGAAUGGGAGAUCAUAGGAUGUACAUGAAGUUAAAUAGAAAUCCAGUUAUCCACUCAUUGUUUGCUUUGCAGCUUAACAAUUUUGUGAUGUUGGUUUUCAACAAAUAUGGUUGAGGAUUUAUGUGUACUUUUCAACUUAAGCCUGAAGGAGUAUUGAGAAGUCACCAGCAUGUUCAGAUGUCAUAGCCUUCCCAUUUUGCACUUGCAGCAUGCAUGGCUUCCAAAAACAGGAAUUCCUUCCUUGCAGGGCUCCAGAGGCCGCACAAGUGCACCUCACAUUAAGCUGAUCUGGAUCUGUAAUUUACUGAGUCGUGUCCCUCCCUCGUCUCAGUGAAGCAGAGGGGAGGGAGUACAGGGUUUCCCGGACAGACCACUAAUACAAAUAUAUUAGUAUUAUAAUUAUGAUGUGUAUAUAUAUAUAUAUAUAUAUAUAUAUGAAAUUGAAUGGAGCCUAAGUUAAUCAGAAUCAAAUCGAUUUAGGAAAUCAGUGGCGAUACCCAGCCCUAGUUGGGAACUGUCCAGACAAGGUAUAAUAGGUGUAUUAUUGCAGCUAAAUGAUGUAAUGGUGCAACAAAUGUAAAAAGUUAGACUGGAGUCCUAUCAAACUCAGCUGAAUAUGUCUUGUUGGUGCUUUUUGUGAUGUCUUUUGUGUCAUUGCAAGCCAGAAAAACUGUACAUUUCUUGUGGUGUCCUCCUGUUUUUUCCACUUCAUUUCAUAUCAGUUAGUCAUUCUGCAGAUGUUCUUUGAGACAAAUUGACACCGUGUAACAAUUCCAUUGGUUCCACAGCUAUCAGCUCCCUUACAACUUAGCAGUCUUGUUAAAGCUGGUUGUUGGUCACAAACUUGACAAAAGAGCAUUCGUCCUUACAAGUCCUCCAGUUUAGCUGCAUUUUCCUCUGUAGUGACACUGGGAUUUCUUUGGGGUUUUUCAUUUCUGCCUGUUAGAAGCACCAUCACCCCCCUUAGUCGCUCGCAGUGAAUCCAGUGGGGGAUCCCCUGUGUUCAGACAUGGACUUCUCCCUGAUUUGGAUGAACUUUAUCUGAGAGAGUGUCUCACUCUGAAAUUUGCUUCCACACAUGCACCUUUUCUAGUAAAAUCAACAGGAACAGCAGAUUCCAGUGCAUGUCUGAAAGCAGCCCAUGUGUUGCAAUCAAACAACUGGAAGGGAGCGCCCUGUAGGACCUUUGGGAACUUUUUUGCAUGAAUUACCCUGCUGGCUAGAUCAAUUUGUCUCUGAAGCUGUUGUGGAGUAUGUUAUUGUAAGGUACUGUUAAAUACUCUGGUAUGCCUGUGUCAUGCAGAGAAAUGUGCGUAGGCCGUGGUUGACAUAUCCUGUGUAGGAGAGUUAUGUUGACUCACAGGCAGGUUGAACGGCAUACACAUUUUGUUCAACUUUUUUUUACCUUCUGUCUCUCAUGCAAUGGAACACUCUGUUCCCGAGUCAAAAGUCUUAAUGAGAAUAGGUUACCAUGACAUGAGACACAUUUGAUCCCUAGACAAUGAACGGUGAUUUGAAUUUGUUCAAAACAUGUAAUAUCAGUAUCAGUUAUUCCUUUGGACUCAUUUUGAGCAUGUCGUGAUUAGCCUACUAGUACUGAGAUUAAUUCCGAAGUCAGUCUGAGUUGAAGACACAACAUAGAACUAAGCUUCACAAGAUGAGUUUUAAAACUGAACUUGUUACUGAACUGAUCCAGUAACAAAUGCUAUAGCAGUAGAAACAAUGUUUUUUGUUCAUACAUUUUUUUUCUCUCUCUCUUUCUCAGGGACGCUGGAGCCUACAACCUAGAAUUGGUUGAGCCUCUGGCCCCCCCGCCUGGCAGGGCACUUUGGAGACCCAACGGUAAUGUUCUGAUGUGGUUCAGGCCUGAAUUUGUCAUGGAGAGACCUCAAUUAUUGGGGUUCUUUUCACUCUGAGAAUGAGUUCAGGCCUGUAAUGUAAAGCAUCUGAUGUUUUGUGUGUUGUAAAAAUGCCUGACUUGCAAUCAGGUGUUUAUGGUUACAUGCACAGAAACGUCAGGUGCCCAUUGGCUGGUUUCUGUGAAACUUCCAUUGUUUGUUACAUUUGAGUAACAGUUGUUUUCAGUUAGAUUCAUAUGUAAAAUCCUAUGAGAAUAUUUUUUAAAUAUUACAUAAGAGUCAAUUUACAUUUUUGGAUUUCUGCACACUGGUUUUGUGGGUCCAGGCAUGUUUUAGAAGCCUGGCCCCUAAAUACCAUAUUUUUUGGCAGGGAGGGACAGUCACGUUUUUUUUAUGGACAUAGUUUAAGCUUGGCUUGUAUUUAAGCAACAACGCCACAGUUUGUUGCUGUAUAUGAUCCAAAAAUCCUUGAUUCUGUUUUUUGUCAAGAAUCCGGCAAUAGAUUUGUUAUUCUCUUAUAAAAACUAACCCUCCCCAUUGGGACCCAGCUUAGUGAAAGAGCUUUACAGCCAUUUAUUUUACCUAAUUUUCUUGAGGACAUGACACUUUUACUAAGUAUUGUAAGGUGAUGGGGAGUGAAUAUAGUUUGAGUAUUUUUACCACUUAAAAUACACUCACUGAGCACUUUCUGGGAAACACCUGCAAUAAUCCAGUCUGUCAAUCCUCUCAACCCUGUUGCUGGAGCACAUUGUACAGAACCACAGAGAAGUAGGUCAGAAACUUCCUUUGAAUGUUUAUAUCAAUUAAAAAUGUGGAACAAGUGUGAUGUCAAUGACUCUGACACAGUUGUUGGUGCUGAACUGGUUUCAGUACCAGUCCUUAUCAGAAGUAGGUAAACACGUGAUCUAUUUUCUUUAAAGAAGCCCUUCCAGAGGGAUAAACGUUGUGUGUUGUAAACUGUGACAUGUAAGCUAAAAAUGUGCCAGUAGUAUUUGCACAUUGUCACUAAGUAGUCUAUGGGCCAGUGCUUUCGGUCACAUGGAUCAGACGGUUUGGCCAGAGUGUGUCACCAUUAGAAAAUUAUCAUUAUUUGUCAAGUGGCUGUUUGCGACUAUAACUAAAUAAAUGUCACAGUUUGCAAACAUUACAAAUAUUUCGAUAUAAAUUAUUCUACCGCUUAGAGCCACAAAUGAAUGGGUUCUUUUCUGAUCAGUACCAAAUCCUUGAUUCCGUGGUAAUCCAUCAAGGGGUUGUUGUGUAAUGUUAACAAACCAACAAACAGACAGGGGUGAAAACAUUAACAACAUCAGAGGAAAGUUUCAAGCGUCUUGUCCAAUCAGCGAUUCAGCUGAGGAUGUUCGAGAACAAAUUGACAUUAGUGCGUGUAGACUAACUAUUUGUAUGGUGUUGCUAAUGAAGUGCUCAGUAAGUAUAUAUCAAAGUUUGUCUACAGAGACCCUGUUGUCUGUAAAAUAUGUUAUUGUGUCAAAAGGACAGUUUGUGUUGUGCCUUCUUACUGAGGGUGAGAGGAGAGCAUCAGUUAAUCUCUUUUUGUUCAAUACAAAAGUGGUAUGUUUAGCCAAAUUAACAGUGAAAGUGGGGUGUGAAGAUCAAGUCAAAAAUGCUUUCCAAAAACUGUCACUAGUGUGCAUUGUAUCAUAACUGAGGUAUUCUUGGGAGCUGGGACACUUGAGUGUGCCUCAGAUCAGUUUAGGCUGUGUGAUCCAUGCAGUCACUAAUUUUCUUUCAAAUAUAUAUUGUAAAAGUUUUUUUCACAAAUGAAUAGUAGUUGUUUGCUAGUUGCUCAAACAAUGAUGCUGGUACGAGGUAUUUUUCUCUACUGUUUUUAUUUUUGGUCUAUAGAAGACAAUGGGAUUCAUUUUCCAGUGAGUGGUUAAAGUUAUGUAUACUC